UGCCUGCUGUCAACCACAUUCCUGAUCGGACGAGGUCCCUCCCACCAAACACGAUCUUGCAGGCACCCGUUCUGCACCACCAUCAUAAUGACUUACCAGCAAUAAUACUCAUGCUUCUGCUCGGCAGUUAGUCCGUUUCUGCGUGGUGGUGAGCCCAGUCCUCUCUGUCCCCCAUUUCCAGCCACCCCCACCCUCCACCACACUAGCACGAAUGGCGUCGCUCCCCGCCUCUCAAAACCGCACGUCGCCGUUCUCCCUCCCGGCGCUGCUCCUCGUCCUGCUGCUGCUGCACGCGGCCGCCAUUGCUCUUUUCACUCGCGGAUUCCUCCUCACACGCGUGGAGCUCUCAGUCCGAAGCACGCCGGCAGAUCGCACGGCCUGGCGAUCAGGCACCGGGGGAAUCUCAAGAAACACGGACGGAGGAGAAGGCAGGGAGAACGGGAAAACGGAAGAUCCAGGAGGGGGGAAUGGGAAACGCGAAUGCGGAAUCGACGGGCGUGACGGGGAUUGGAGUUGUCAGGGGAGCGAGGAGCGUGGGGAAGAUGUGGGGCUGAAGGCGUUGUAUGACAAGGUCGUGAUUGUGGUGAUUGAUGCUGCGAGAUUCGACUUCGUUGCUAACACCACGAGCUAUAACCAAGGGCGGCCUGGGUCGUGGAUAGGGCGGCUGAAGGCGGUGGGGGAGAUAGUGAAAGCCAUGGGGCAUGGCGCUGCUCUUUUCCGAUUCACUGCUGACCCCCCCACCACCUCGCUGCAGCGAAUUAAGGGCCUCACCACGGGUGGUCUGCCCACGUUCAUUGAUGUGGGCAGCAGCUUCGGCAGCUACACCAUCACAGAGGACAACCUGCUCUUCCAGCUGCUGAGUGUGGGGAAGCGUCUAGAGAUGAUGGGCGAUGACACGUGGCUGGACGUCUUCCCGUCCGCCUUCAACCAGUCCACGCCCUUCCCCUCGCUCGUGGUCAAGGACAUUCACACGGUCGAUGAUGGUGUGCUUGCCAACAUCUUCCCUGCUCUCAAUCGCGAUGACUGGGACCUCCUCAUCGGCCACUUCCUGGGGGUGGACCAUGUGGGGCACACCUUUGCAGUGGACUCGCCCAUCAUGGACGCCAAGCUCGACCAGAUGAACCGCAUGAUGCUCGACGUGGUAACAGCAAUGAAGGCGCAGGCGCACAGGGGUGGCAGGCACGAGCGCUCGCUGCUGCUCUUCAUGAGCGACCAUGGGCAGACACUCACAGGGGAUCAUGGGGGGGGCACACCAGAGGAGGCGCAUGCGUUUCUCUUAGCAGUCUCCAUGCAACCAGCACCACACCCUCUCCCCGCCUUCCUCUCCUCCUGCUCCUCCCACCGGGCGGCUGGGGCAGCUGCACAGCAAAAGGGCGGGAAUGAGCAAGAAGAGUGCUUUGAGGAAUUCCCACAGAUUGACUUCACACCAACACUCUCUGUUCUUCUCGGUGCUCCCAUCCCUUUCGCCAGUGUGGGCAAGGUCAACCCUCACAUGCUCGCACUCUCCCCUGCAGCAUGGGCUUCUUUCGAACCACCGCUGCAGCACUCUGAGAAUGCCGGUCCAGCUGUCCCAACAACACCUGCUGACCCCAACGAAGACCCAGCAGUUCCCUUCCUCUCUCGCCUCUCCUCUGCACUCAUGAUGAAUGCGUGGCAGGUGCAUCGCUAUCUCUCCCGCUACUCCAACGAAGCCCCCUCUCCCUUCCCCCACCAGCCCUUCUCCCACCUGGAACAACUCUACACACACGCCCUAUCCACAGCCAACUCCCUUCCCUCCUCCCUCCUCCCCUCCCCCUCCACCUCCUCUCUCUCCUCCCUCUCCUCCUCUCUCGUCUCCUCCAUUCAAGCACAUAUCACUUAUCUUGACGCUGCUGCAGCCCUUGCUCGCUCCCAGUGGACUCAGUUCGGGAUCUCCUCCAUGCUCUCUGCUCUCCUCCUCUUGCUCCUCUCCCUCCUCCUGCACCUACUGCUCAUUCUCCGGUACACCGCCCCUCGUGCUACCGGCUUUGGUUCUGCUGCUGCUGCUGGGGUGCGAGUGGGAGGCGAGGAGGGAAGCGGAGAUGGUAUUGGAAAGGUGAAGGCAGUUGCUUCGGAGCAAGGGGGGGGGAGGGGGAAGGAAGUGAAGGGGAAGACGGAGGAGGAGGAUAAGGAGAAGGAGACAGAGAAGAGCAGGAAGGGGGGGAGGAAAGGAAAGAAACUGGAGAGUGGGGCACAGUUGAGCAGUGCACCCCUCUUGACCGAUUCUGAUGACAGAUCCACUCCUUCCACUAUCUCCCAAGGCUGUGGUACUCGUGGUGGCGCCUGUGUGGAGGAUACUGCUGCUGUUGGUGGUGCUGGCACUGGCGCGUCUGAUCAGGGUUGCCUGUGGAUGGUGGUAUGGGCCGUGGUGAUGGUGCUCAUGCACUCCCUGAGCCUCAACUCCAAUAGCUUCAUAAUGGAGGAAGGACACGUGGCGGCUUUCCUGCUCGCCACGUCAGCACUGCUUCACCUGCGGCAAUCUCUUGUGGCGGGGAGUUGGAGUGGCAUAUUACAGUCCUCCUCUCUCCUCCUCAUCAACACUCUGCUCAUCUCCUUGGGCCUCUCCGCUUCCCACAAGCUCUCCAACCAGGCUGCUGCCACUGCUGACGCCACUGCCGCUACUGCCGCUGCUGCUGCUGCUGCUGCCCCUUCCACUGCCCCUGCUGCCGCUGCUGCAAGCUCUUCUACUGUGGCCGCUUCUAGUGCUGCUGCUGCUGCCGGAGCAGCAGUCUCAGGAGCCCUAUCUCCCUCCCAGUUUCUCUCCUCCCUUCCUUCUCUACUCCUCUCCUAUGCUCCACUGGUACUAGUUCCACUUCUCCUCCAAACUCUCUCAUCCUCGCUCCUCUCCUCCCUCCGUCGCUCCCCUCCCCUCACUCAAGCAUCCGCCACUAAAGGCUCAAAGUCCCAACCAGCACUCGAGAAACUCGGGCAGGUGUUCUUUUCGCUUGCUGCCCGUGUGCCACAGCUUGGCAUGUGGGUUGGCUAUGCGCUGCUAGCUCUCCUCUGGCUGCUCCACGACUCACCCUCAUUCCUCCCAUUCGUUUCCGAUCACUCGUCCGACCAGCAACAACAACAGCAGCAACAGCAGCACGAGGAUCAACAACAAAUGGAGAACCCGAAACAGCCCAAAGCAGGCCCCCCAGCAAUGUUCCCAGUAUCUUCCUUGCAAGAGGCAGUGCACCUGGGUCUUCCCCGACUUGUCUUCGCAUCCUCUCUCCUCUUCUUCACCCUGUCUCUCCUAUUGAUGGCUGCUGGGUCUCUCUGCUGCUCAUUAUCCAGAAUACUCCUUGUACCAGCCUCUGCUGCUGCUGCUGCUGCUUCUGUUGCUGGAGGGAGCAAGCAGGAAGGCAGAGAGCAGAGGGGAAAGAAGAUGAAGGGCGGUGCUGGAGGGUCCGUGAAUGGGGUUGCAGGAUCCGAGCCGCGGCAGCAGCAGGAUGGUCAGAUCUUGUCACCGCCGCAGCUGCAGCAGCAGCAGCAGUCGGAACGAGAGCAGAAGCUUGGUCGUAUGCUGAUCCAUCUGAUUGGCCUGUUUGGUGUGCCCAUUGUACUCGUUGGUGGUCGGUCCAUCCCUGUCAUUCUACUGCUCUCCAUUCUUCAAGGCGUGCUUUUUCUAAGCCUGAGCCGCAGCCAUUCAUCAGUCCCAUCGUUUGUACUGUGCUGUGUGGAGUGGAGCCUUCUUUCCAUCCUCCUCUUCUUUGCCUCAGGCCAUGCGUGCACGUUUGAUGGGCUGAGGUACACAGCUGCGUUUGUUGGGUUUAAUGACUUCCAGUACCACCGCCAAGGAGGUUUGCUUGCGCUAGAUACAUUUGGCUUCUCUCACCUCAUACCUGCUUUCGCCAUACCUCUUUUGGCUUUACUGGCACAUCCACGGUCUUCGGAUUCGCUCACUAAGAGAUCAAUCAAGGCUAUUUUGCUGUUCCUCUUCCCCCGGGCGAUGGCUACAUUCACAACAACUGCAUUUGUUGCUGGAAUGCGCCGGCACCUCAUGGUCUGGUCUCUGUUUGCGCCGAAGUAUGUUUUUGAUGCUAUAGGGCUAUUAGUACUGGAUGUGUUCUUGCUCUUUGUUUCGUUAGUAGUCAUAGCUUUUGUGUAAUACUUUGAAUGAUGUAUUAUAUUCUGAUUUCGUUCCAGAAAGUGGACAACCUUAGGAAUCAGUGUGACA